AUGAAGUCUCAGGAUACUUGUAUUUUGGUGUGGCAGUGCAGCCAGAAACGUCAUACAUUUGUUGUUUCUUUCAUACAGAUCGAUUACGAUUACCAAGGAGAUUCUCCUAAAGAAGAAGACACUUCAAGUUCACAAGAAGCUUGUCCGUCGGUAUCAAAAACCUACUCACAAUCUGCCUGCCAACAGUCCCAAUGCAAGACAGACCAGGACUGCAAAAACAACAAGCACAAACGUUGCUGUUUUAAUGGUUGCAUCUACACAUGUACACAACCAAUCGAUGAGCCUGCUUUGAUUGACUGGCGUGUAGCUCCGCGGAGGAUUGUGAAGUCAGCACCAUAUUGGUUGAUACGAGACCCCGAAACACCAGAACAAUAUCAAUCCUGUAGCACAUCAAAGGUACUAGAUGAUGGAGACCCUCUUUUGUGUCCAGAUGGAUACGUAUGUCACAUUGUUACACCAGAGAACCACAAACACAACAUUCCAAACCGAGGCUGGUGUGUUAAAGAAAAGGAUGACAGAAACCAUAUGAAAGAUUAUGAACAAAGAGAACAAAAAACAAAACAUAUAGAUCCAACCUCUUGUUAUGAAGAUUCCAUAAUUUUCUUAAAUGGAGCAUCAGUACACUACAAAGGAAAAUGGUGUAACUGUAUUGAAGGAAAACUGACUUGUAAGAGAAAACGUAGGACAUGACCUCUUGACCUGAUCAUGUGAUGGAACUGCCUAACCUCAGAACUCCCCAAAAUACACAAUGAAAACAGAUUUGUACCAAAAAUGUCCACAAUGUAUAUUAUAAACUGUUCUGAUAUUUCCACCAAGAAAUUUGUGCAAUAAAAGAUAUUUAUAAGA